AGCCGUUCGCCGUUCUUCAGAUAGUAAAUGCAAAUGGCUGUCACGAUCGCAGUGUACGUGAGUAUGUCGUCUCCUGUUCCCGCGUGUCCAAUACGAGCGAAAUCAUCAAGUACGAUCGAUAUGUGAUGAUCGGCGCGUCGGGUCGUUCGAAUAUUGAAAUAAAAGUAUCAUUUCGUAAACGCGACGUAAAGACGUGUGACAUUAAAGUAUAAAAGAUAUAAAAUACGGCAGCACGCGGGAAAUCGCUCGUAACGGAGGGACUCCGGUAACCGCGUUGGAGACGAGUAAACGCGCGUUAUCGUAUGUGUGAUGAGUCGAUAGUGAUUCCAUCAGAAUUCGAAAGAGAUCAAUGUCAGAUAGUCGUCGGGGUUUUUCUCGAUAAUAAUAAUUACUCAAAUAUAUAUAUAUAUCGGCGGGGGCAGGUAUAAAUAACGAUUUAUUUCAUGCGUUGUCUAUCGCAUGCAAUCUUUCCAAGUGUGUCUAUGUGAUUAUUAAAUAAUAAGGAGAAAAUUCAAAUAAUACUAAAAUGCCUGCAGUUAGUAUUUGCGAUCCUAUUGCGGCUAGGCUCCAUUGCGCUUUGAAUAGCAAUUCUUCCAAAACCACAGACGAUCUGUCCAUUGAAUUAGUCAGCAAUGCUUCUCGAAUUAUGCAAUCGGAGAUUCGUUAUGAAGAAUUAAAAGAUUAUCAAGCGACAAAUCAGGUGCAAGCUAACUGCAAUAUUUUUCUCAAUUUAUCCGAGAAUUUGGAGGAAAGCAAAGUCAAGGAUGGCACAAGUUAUAAGAAAAAGAUUGAUGCAAAUAAAGGACCAGUUUUACCAGAACCAGCUGUCACUUUGUAUUCUCCCAAGAAAGUUCAGCUAGGAUGGAAAGGCACGUUUCCAGUCGGAGCAGGCAUGUAUAAUAUUGGAAAUACAUGUUACCUGAAUAGUACUCUUCAAGCAUUAUUUCAUAUUCCGGCUCUCGUCAACUGGUUGUUAUCAGAUCCACAUCAUAAUUCUAAGAUGGAACAAAAUGAUGGAAAUGGAGAAUGCCUUACAUGUGCGAUGGCCAAAACUCUACAAUUCACUCAUCAGAAAUCUGGGGGUGCAAUCAAGCCAUUUUAUAUAUUUAAUAAAUUAAAGCUCAUUUGCCGAACUAUGGUGCCUGGACAACAAGAAGAUGCUCACGAAUUUUUACGUUAUUUAUUGGAAGGGAUGGAACGUGCGUAUUUAAAUAGGCAUAAAGCGACAAAAUUGGAUAGCUAUUCUAAAGAAACGACACCUAUUAAUCAAAUAUUUGGCGGUUAUAUACGUACUGAAGUAAAGUGCCUACAAUGUCAACACGUAUCUACCACAUUUCAACAUUUUCAAGAUUUGCUUGUGGAUAUACGUAAGGCGAAUACAUUGGAUGAAGCGUUAAAUAGUUACUUCAGUAGAGAACAAUUAGAUAAUAAUGAUUAUAAAUGUGAAGCCUGUAAGAGAAGAGUUCCUGCCACCAAACAAUUCACAUUGGAGCGCCCACCAAAAGUAUUGUGUGUACAAUUGAAGCGAUUUAGCGUUUUAGGAGGAAAAAUAUCUAGACACAUUGGUUUUAAACAAACUAUAGAUAUGGGCCCGUAUUUGUGGAGAGAACCGGGAGAAUCUCCCAAACAACUUACCUACAAACUCAUGUCGAUGGUGACACACAUGGGUCCCUCUGUAAAUUGUGGUCAUUACACGGCAAUCGCGCAAGUAUCGAGUGGUCAAUAUUAUUCUUUCGAUGACUGCUGUGUUCGUCCAAUAAACCUUAAUAAUGUUUUAAAUACAAACGCGUACAUUAUGAUCUUCGAGAUGGAAAAUUACAGUCAGAGCUUGCCAUCAACAGCAAAAAUUAACGGUACGACAUCCGUAAAGAGUAUCGUGUCGACUGCACCAGUACCCAAUUCUAUAAUAAAUAAAUCGAUUGCGUUAAAAGCAUCAACAUCUGCGGAAUGCUCCGCGAACGGAAGCGAAUCGUUAAACAACCAUGAUGAAUCGAGCAAAUCGCGAACGUUGAUUGGUCCGCAGUUGCCGCCGCAAAGAAAUGGCGUUGAAUUAAACUUUCCUUUAAAAAAAUCCAGCGACACCGAUAAUAUACAUUCAUCGCAGAAAACGCAGGAUAAGACACAGCCACGAUUAGUGAUGCAUAUUAAAAAUGGGAAAGUUUUAAAUGGUAACAGUUUAGUGCCCUAUGAUGUAGACCCCACUUCCAGUGAAGAAGAGGACAGUUGUCCUUCUGUCGGAACGGAGAAAAAUCAAACGUCAAAUAAUACAGUAUCUCGAAAUAAUAUUACAAAUGGUGUGCCAAAAUGUGUCAUUACGAAAGACGGAUUAAAAACCAUCUCGAACUCUAAAGAAAUACAGAAGACUACCAACUCUAAAAGUAAUGGUAUAUCGAUAUCGCCGCAAGCUACUAUUAUACAAUGUACGAAAACGCAAAAUGGAUCUAAUAACAGUAAUGGCCGAAUCAGUUUAUUAAAACAUCAAAAUGGAAGAAUGGAAACGAAUGGUCAGUCGGAACAACGCGAUAAGGAUACGUGGCGUCAAUCUGCCGCCAGAACUAAAAACGGACAGGAAGAGAAUGUGUCUACGAAAGCUACAAGUAGCAACAUUAAGGGUUGGCAAAUUUCCAAGGACACAUUUUCUCCCACAUUCAAUGGAUCCAAUGGAUGGACUGAUAAUGGGGAAGACGCCAAGGUCAAUCAAGGUAAUACAACACCGAAUGCCGCAGCUGUGCGAGAUUUUAAUGGUACCAAUCGCUCGGAUACCGUUUCACAUUUAUUGAAGAUGUCGCAUCGUGGAUACGGUAGUACUUCCGUAACGAACUGGAAUGGCAGUAGAACACAGCUAGAUCGUGAUGUCGAUAACGACAGACGGGAGGAACGUAAACGUCAUUUUAAUGCGGACGACGAAGAAAUGGAUAGGGGUCGCGUAAAGAAAGUCAAGGAUCAUUCGAGUCGUCGAUCGUACAAUGAGAGAUCUAAUGCAAAUUAUAAUUCAUUCCAAGAAUACCAAAACAAAACCUGGAAUCGAUCAGUUAAUAGUUAUCAUCGAAGACAUUAUUAUAACACAUCCUACGUGCGGCCGCGACACGGAAAUAACUAUGGAAGGCCGCCGCAUUUCAGAUAUUCUUCUCAUAGAUAUCUAUAGAUAUUGCUCGUACUCGCGACACCGAGUGAUGAGCGUGAGUAUAGGAAAUGGUAAAAGAUUUUAGGAGUUAUACGUGGACAAUUCAGGAAGCUGGUGUAAUAGACUGUGUAAUAUCGAUUUUCAUUUGCUAAAUAAAUAUCAUUUCUCAGCAUGAGAUUGAAAAUAAACUGUUGAACAGAAUUUCAACAGUAAACUAUAGUGUUUCAGUUGAUAUAUAUAUAUUAUAUAUAUAUGAACAUUUUGAAGAUAAUGACACACAUUCACAUUUCAAGAGACAUAAUACAUGUUCCUGAUAGAUUCGUGGCAUUUUUUGCUUCUGCUGCAUAAGUUUGGUACACAUGCUUCUAUCGUAAGAAGCGAUCCAUGGGGGAUGAGUAUCGCCAACUGUACCAAUUUGUGUUCAACAUAAAAUAUUAUAGAAAAUUCCGUAAUUUUUUCUAACCCUAAUCCGUGUGAAUAACAAGUAUCGUAAUUUUAAGAUACAUAUUCAUCAUUAAAUUCAACAUGAGACUUUUGAAAAGUGAAAAUCUUACAUGGCGAAGUGAAUAUAAAUUGAAUGUAAAUUGAAUUUGAUUGCAUAUUAUUUAAUACAGCUUAUUAGGAUCAUGAUUAGAGCAGUUAUUUUUUAGGACAAAUAGAUGUUAUAAAAACUAAAUAGCAACAAUUAUAUUAUCUAAAUUUAACCGAUAAAAUUUCAAAUUACACAAACACAAUUGUGCAUGUGUAUGUGUGUAUAUAUAUUAUUUAUUGAAAGAAAUUUUUUUGUUAUUAGAUUAUAUUCUUCAUCUAGAAUUCCAUAUCAUAUAAAAAUUUCUUUUCUACUAUACUCAUGACGAAGUAGCAUAAAAAUUUUAUCAGCAAUAAGUAUGCUGAUUUACAAUGUCAGAAAAAUUAUGUCAUUUUAAAUUUUAGAAUAUGUGAAAUUUAAGGCAGAAUCAGUUUCUUUCAUUUCAUUUUUGGAAUAUAUAAAAUAUUUAGAAUAAUCUUUUUUUAUUUGUAUGUAAUAAUCCGUCCUGCCCCAUCUUUUUGAUAAAGAUACUCUCCCCCCCCCCUUCCCCUUACGCCCAAUUAGAAUUGAUAUCAAAGGAGAUAAUCAUUUUAUGAGAUGACUAUAAUGAUUGAUUUCAUUAUAGUAGCGCUUUGACGCUAAUGAUAAGAUAGCAAUCAGCAUUUUUGAUGGCAAUAUAUUGCGCGCUGUUUCUUUUACUAUAUAAAUUACAAUUAAUUAGCAUAUAUAUUUGUCAGCAAGUGCAAGUUUAAACAUGUUUUUAAGUGUUUCUACUGCGAUAAUUAAGAUAAGCUGUGUAUAAUUAAAUAAAUAAUAUUUAGAUAUGACAAUUAAUAUUAACAAUAUUGGGUAUGUAACAAUAUGUACAUUACUUAUGAUAAACGCGGGAGCGCUUGUAAUAUUAAGAAAUUACACUAUUAAUAGUAAAAAUUAUAAAGUCAUAAGUUAAUUUUUUAAGCAACAUACAGAGGAGUCAAUUUCCAAUUAUCUUAAAUUCCUACAAUACCUCAUUACAUCAUUAUCCGAACAAAAGACAUUAACCAAAAAAAAAAAAAAAAAUACAUA